AUGGCAUCCGACGAAGAACGUAUACCAAAAUUUGUUCAUAUUGAUGAGCAAUAUGGAAAUAAAGCAAAUGAUUCCAUAUUAUUUGGUUUUGAACAAGAACUUAAAUCUGUUACUGUACGCUGUGGUGAUUCAGCACGAUUUGAAGCUAAAAUACGUUUAAUAUCAACAUCUUCAAAUAUUCAAAUUGAUCGAUCUUUAUUAAAUAUUGAAUGGCGUUUAAAUGACAUGCAUAUUAAAACUGAUGAUACUUUAAGAUAUCGAUUUGGUUCAAUACCAGAAGAGAAUCUUUAUUGGAUGGAUAUUCGACAAUGUGAACAACAAGAUGAAGGAGUUUAUACGAUUUAUAUUAGUUAUGAUCAUCACAGAUAUCAUGAUGAAUCUAGUGCUUAUCUCUUUGUUGACAGCUUUAUUAAUGAAAAGGAGGAGCAACCUGAUCAAAUAAGUCAACAAGGGUUAAGCGCUGGUGAUUCAUGGUCAUCAGCAACGUCUCUUGAUCGUUUUAUUCCACCAACAAUAACACAACCCCUUCUAUCUACUUAUCGAUAUCGUUCUGGUGACAGAGUACAACUUCAAGUUGAAUAUUUUUCUCCGUCAGUACAAUGUCACUGUACAUGGCAAGUACAACAUUUAAAUGAUGUUGUACCACAACUAAUACAAGAUGGAUCAAUAGUUAAUACAAAUUAUUCAUCAACAUUAACAAUUGAUUCAAUAAAGUCUCAAUUACAAGGUUUAUAUAUAUUUCGUGUCGAAAAUGUUUAUGGACAUGCUGUGACACAAACACAUAUUAUUGUCGAUAAGGAAGAUAUCGAUGACGAACAACAAGAAUAUCAAGAAGCAUUAGAAGAACCUCAUAUUAGUAAGCUACAUCCUGAUGAAGAUGAUAGUCAUUUACAUUUAAUGAGUGGAUAUCAUAAACGUUUAUCAAUGAUGCAUCAUAUGCCACUAGAAGAAUCAGUAGAAUUUGAAGAUCUUAAAGUUCAUUUACCUGGUGGAGCAUCAGAAGAGAUUAUUAUUCAUACUGAAUUUGUCCCACCAACACCACGAUUAUCAUUAAUUGAAGAACAAUCAACAAGUUUACCUACUAAACAAGAUUUAGUAAAAGAACAAAUUCAUACUGGAGCUACAUAUAAAAUUGAAGGUGUUGACACAGAGAUUACGAUGGAUAAACAACAAUUACAACCUGAAAGGGAAUCAGCCGAUCGAAUUCAAUUCGGGCUACAACUUCCAUCGUCAUUUAUCGAUACUGAGCCGAAACCGAUUCAUGAGGACAUUCCGCAAACAACUGUCUUAACAGUUCAGCAACAACAACAACUGACUCGACCGAUGGACGAUCAUCUAACUGUUACUAAAGAAUCACAAAUUAUCAGUUCAAUACCUAUUUCAUUUGAUGAAGCUCUUAGUAAUUUUGAACAAUGGUCGGAUCUAAUUCUCGAUCAUGAUACUCAUGCAUUACCAUCACUUCGUCGAGCUUCACUUGUUUCACGUUUAUUAGCAUCAGCUAAUGAAUAUGAAGAUGAACAAUAUAUUCCACAUCCUUUACAUCAACGUUUAGCUAUGGGUUCAAUUAGAACAUCGGACAAAACAGAGGCUGUAAAACAACCUGAAGUCAGUCCACAUGUUCCAUUACUUGAUGAAAGUAGCAUUUCUAUUAGUCAAAUUCGUCAGUCUGAAGUACCACAAUCAUACGAAUAUAAAGCAUCAACUGAUGUUAAAGAAGAAUCAACUGCUAUAUUACGAACUAGUGCAUUAGCUCUGAGUGGUCAUGAUAUGGAAACUCAUGGAACACCUGUUAAUGUAAGCCAUCUACGUCGUCAAGAAUCAGGAGGUACUAAACAAGUACCAGCAGCAGUGUCACAACCAAGUAUCACUAUUGAUUUUCCUAUACUUGACGAAAGUGCUAUUCAUCUUGGUCAACUUCAACGACCAGAAUUACCGCAAUCAGUUGAAUAUAAAAUUUCUGCCGAUAUUCAACCAUCAGCUGGCUCUUUUCCAACGACAACUUCUGUUCUUAGUCAAGAAGAACCAGCACAAGAAACAUCGUUUAAUGCCACACAAUUUACUCAACCUACUGCUCAAGAUUUAUCUGUUUCUGACAUAAUAAAACAACAAGUCUCAACAAUUAUACAGCCAAGUAUUAUUACUGAUUUACCGGUAUUACAUGAAACAGUUGUUCGACUUGACCAAGUUCAUCGCCCAGAUGCACCACAAUUUGUUCAGUACAAAGCUCCUGCUGAUAUACAACCAUCAGUUGGUACUAUUCUUACAACGGCUUCUGGUCUUAUUAGUGAAGAACCAGCACAUGACACACCUGUAAAUAUUAGUCAAUUACGUCAACCAAUUGCUAAAGAUAUUUCUUCACCUGAUACAACUCAACAACAAGCUUCAUCAGUAACGCAAUUGAGUGCAGCAACAGAUUUAUCUGUAUUAGAUGAAACUUCGAUUUAUCUUGGUCAAGUUCAUCGUCCAGAUGCACCGCAAUCUUUUCAAUACAAAGCUCCUGCUGAUAUACAACCAUCAGUUGGUACUUUUCUUACAACGGCUUCCGGUCUUAUUAGUGAAGAACCAGCACAUGAAACACCUGUAAAUAUUAGUCAAUUACGUCAACCAAUUGCUAAAGAUUUUUCUUCACCUGACACAACUCAACAACAAGCAUCAUCAGUAAUGCAAUUAAGUGCUACAACAGAUUUACCUAUAUUGGAUGAAAGUUCAAUUAAUCUUGGUCAAAUUCAUCGUCCAGAUGCACCACAAUCUGUCCAAUAUAAAGCGCCUGCUGACAUUGAACCAUCUACUGGUUCAAUUUGCACAAAUAGCUCUGUUCUUGGUUUAGAAGAGCCAGCACAAGAAGUUUCUAUUAAUGUUAGCCAAAUGCAUCAAGCAACUGCUCAAGAAUUAUCUGAUGAAUCAAAACAACGUGCUUUAGAUAUUUUAGAACUAUCUCAAGAUGCUGAUUUGUCAUCACUUGAUGAAAUCGCUAUUAAUAUUGAUCAAGUUCUUCAAGUUGAAGAAUCACAAUCCAUUGAAAAGAAAUUACCAGCUAAUAUUAAAAAAGUGUCAGCCACUUUACGCAGCACUCCAUCUGUAUUAGCAAGUGAAACUGAACAUGACGAAAUAAUUUUAACUUCAUUAGAAGGCUAUCAACAACAGCAAGGAUACAAAACAUACAGACCAUCAGUUGUCUCCGACUUGUCAUAUGCACCUGCAGAAGACGAGUAUGCUGAAGUACCAUAUGAAAUUCGAUUUCAACAACAACGUUUACUUAAAAUGCCACCUAAAUUACAUGAACAACUAAGUCUCAUUCAAAGUCGUACAUCAAUUAUCGAAAAUGAUGAUGAAACACAAUCUACAACGAUAAGUCGAUGUCGUCAAAUGAUACCUUCUGUACAAGAGCAAGAAGGAAAAAAGGAUGAUGAAGAAGAAGAAGAAGAAGAAGAAAAGUCAAUUUCGCCAGAAUUAUCAAUGAAUGUCGAUGAAGUCAUUGAAACAAUUCAUUUAGAAGAUGAAUUACUUGAAGCUAAGAAACCAUUUCUUAGUGAUAUUCCUGCAGCGACUGACGAAGAUAUAUCAGUCUUAGUUCGUACAGCUGUUGAAGUUUUACCUUCAAUCGAAGAGGUACCUCAAACUAAGAGCGAAGAUAUAUCUAUGCAACUUAAUCAACUCGAAACUGUUCCUUCGGACCAAAGUGUUAAAGAAGAAUUACAAAUAUCAAGUGAUAGUCAAAUUCAAUCAUCACUUGAUCAAUUAGAUCAAGUUUCCUUGAUAAAACCAACUUCUCUCAAUUUACAUACAACAGAAGAAGUACUGUCUUCUGCUACUAUAGAAAAAGCACCUGAACCACUAUUGCCACAAGAAAUUGAAGCACCAUUUGAAAUUGUAUCGAAAAAAGUCGUUGAUUAUAUUGAAAUACCACAUUCAACGACAGAUUUCGAUGACCAAAAACCUGAAGCUAUCAUUGUUAUAGACGAAAUAAUACCAAUUGACAGCAUUUCACGUAUUGGAGAUACAAUGAGUGAAAUAGCUUCAUCUGAAAGCUUACGAACAGCAGACUUGAGAACAGAAGCUAUUCACCAUAUGCAAGGUGGUGUGACUGCUGAACAACUUUCUCAUUCUACUCUAAUUGACAAAAGUGGAAAAUUAUUAGAAGAAUCCGUAGAAUCUUUGCCUGUUCCAGUGCAAUCGAAUUUAUUGCCGCUGGCAACAAUGCCUGAUGGAGCAAUCAAUGGAGAUAAGCUACGCGUGCCUGAAAAAAUUGUUCAAGACGUGCUUGCCGCUGCACUUGAACCAACAAGAGUCGGCCAAGUAGAAGAUACCGCACAAACUACACCAACAAGUACUUCUCAAACUGAAUCUGUCGAUCAAGAUGUUUCUAAAGACACUGUAAAAGCCCAAUCAGUAAGAAAAGCAUCACAAGCACCUGCUUCGAUGGACCACGAUCAAUUCUUUGACGCCGAAACAGAAACUAUGAGUGAAAUGACGAAAACCGAAAUUAAAAGAAUUGCAUCAUUUCAUGAACAGCCAGUCACUCUUGCCGCAGCAGAAAAGUUACAACAUGAUAUAGCUGUUGAACAAAAGCUGGAGGAAUUUCAUGAACCAGAACUUGUCUUAACAUCAACGGAGAAACCUUUUAUCGACGAACCACAACCACUUCAAACAUCGUUAGAACAAAUAACAAGUGCUACAGAAGAGAUUUCAUCAAAAACGCUAAUUCAAGAAGAAAUAAAACCUGCUGAAGGUGCAGUUCUCUUACAACAAGAGUCUAUUUUACAAAUGCAAGUUGCAGAAACACCACUUUCACCUCAGCAGCAGCCAACGAGUACUCAAAUGGCUGAAUUAACUCAGGAAAUAUCAUUAGUGAAACAUGAAGAACAAGUUAAAAUGCCACAAUACGAACCAGAACCGAUGGUUUAUGAAACUCUUCAUCCGUCAAUGAGUGCCGAAGCAGAAUCCUUAACGCAAACACUAAUCACAACAGAGACAAAAGAUACAACUCAACAUGUUACAGAAAUAUCUAUCAAACAGGCAGCAAAAUCUGAUGAAAUAACCGUACAAAAAGAAGGAACUGAUCUAGAAAUAUUACCAUCAGUUGAAAAAUAUGAAACAGCUGAACAGGUAAAAUUAUCAACAUUAGACACCGAUCACUUAAAACAAUCACUUCUAUCUGAAACGUUACUCCAACAAUCAACAAUUGAUGAUGCAUUACAAGCAUUGGAAACCGAAGGUGGCGUACAUAUAACUAAGACAGCAUCAACAAUAACUACAACUUCAAUACCAAUCGACCAGAUAGAUAAACAAGUUCUUUCAGAAACACUACAAACCAUACCAGAACACAAACCGACACCAACUGAAGAACAUAUAACAGAAGAGCAAAAAUCAACAGUCGAAUUGGUAGAUCUCCACAAGACUACAUCAACUGAGCAACAACAACCGCAAGUGGUUGAACAGCUAAAACUUGAAGAAGUUGAGCAACCUAAACUGGAACCGACUAUACAACAGCAACCAGAGUCACUCGAAGACAAACAAGUUCCACAACCUGAACAACAGACAGAGAAUCCAGCUUAUGAACAGACGCUACAAUCGCUACAAAAGCCAGAAUCACAAGCAAUAGGAGAGCAACAAGUUGCGCAAGCAGCAGCAUUACACAUGGAAAUUAUCGAUGAGCAAAAGCAAACAACACUCGAACAACCUGCCCUGGAGUUAGCUGAUGCACGAAAAGUUUCACAACGUGAUGAGCCACAGUCGACAACUUCAACAACGCAACUACUCCAAGUGCAGCAAAUCGAAACGGUUGAACAAAUACAACAACCGACUUCAACACCGCAUAUGGUUGAAGUACAACAAGUUGAAACAAUUGAACAAAUACAACAACAGCCAGCUGCAAUACCGCAACCAGUGGAAGUACAACACAUCGAAACAAUUGAACAAAUAAAAUUGCAACCAACACCAGAGCUGCAACCAAUUGAACAAAUACAACAACAGCCGACUCCAUCAACGCAAACGAUCGAAGUACAACAAAUUGAAACAAUUGAACAAAUAAAAUUACAGCCGAUUCCAUCAACGCAAACGAUCGAAGUACAACAAAUCGAAACAAUUGAACAAAUAAAAUUGCAACCAAUUGAACAAACACAACAACAACCGAUUCCAUCAACGCAAAUGAUCGAAGUACAACAAAUUGAAACAAUUGAACAAACACAACAACAACUGACUCCAACACCGCAACCAGUGGAAGUACAACAAAUCGAAACAAUUGAACAAAUAAAAUUGCAACCAACACCAGAGCUGCAACCAAUUGAACAAAUACAACAACAGCCGAUUCCAUCAACGCAAACGAUCGAAGUACAACAAAUUGAAACAAUUGAACAAAUACAACAACAACCGACUCCAACACCGCAACCAGUGGAAGUACAACAAAUCGAAACAAUUGAACACAUAAAAUUGCAACCAAUUGAACAAAUACAACAACAACCGAUUCCAUCAACGCAAAUGAUCGAAGUAAAACAAAUUGAAACAAUCGAACAAAUACAACAACAACCGACUGCGACACCGCAACCAGUGAAAGUACAACAAAUCGAAACAACUGAACAACUGAAAUUACACCCGACUCCAGAGCUGCAACCAGUUGAACAAAUACAACAACAACUGGUUUCAACGACGCAAAUGGUCGAAGUACAACAAGUGGACGUCAUUGAACAAAUAAAAUUGCAAACGUCUCUAACGGGGCAACAAGGCGAAGUGCCACCACGCGCAACGGUUCCACAAAUACAAUCAGAACCGACUCGAAAAACGCAAUUAGUCGAUGCACAACAAAUCGAAACGAUUGAACAGAUACAACAACAACCGACUACACGACCCACUGAAGUACAGAAAGUCGAACCUGUCGAACAAAUACAACAGCACCCGGCUGCAGAAGAGAAACCUAAGCACUCCGAACAAGAAAAGCCGAAGCAGUCAAAACAAACACAUCCGGAAGAGGCUUCUCAAGAGAAGGGCAAACUUAUCCAUGACGUAACACAUCCGAAGCCUGAAGUACCACAAAUGGAACCGGCACCUGAAGAGAAGGUGAAGCCAAUCGAAGAAAAGAAAGGCAAAAAAGUGGAACAACCAGAACCGAAACCUGCUCCAGAAGAGAAAGCGAAACCAGUCGAGGAGCAAAAAGCCAAAAAACCUGAAGAAGCACAACCAAAACAGAUUCCUGAAGAGAAGGCGAAGCCAGUCGAAGAAAAGAAAGGGAAAAAAGUCGAACAACCAGAACCGAAACCUGCUNAGGUGGAAGUUAAUGCUGAUGAAAGUGUUGAAUUUUUUGUUAAAGUUUCGGGUGCACCAACACCAACAGUUACAUGGACUCGAAAAGGUAUGACUAUAUCAUCAAAUGAACUUUAUCAAUUACGUACUGAUAAUGAUACACAUUACUUAUUAAUUAAAAAAGCUAUUGCUGAUGUUGCUGGUACUUAUGUUGCAACAGCUGUUAAUACUGCUGGAAAAAUUACAGCAGAUAUUGAUCUUACUAUAACAGGUCUAAGUACUUUAUUCGUACGACCAUUACGUGAUGCAAUUGCUAAUCAAGGACGUCCACUUACUCUUGAUUGUGAAGUUAAUAUUCGAAAUGGUGUUCCAACAAUCAUAUGGAUGAAAGAUAAUAAACCUAUUGUUAAAUCAGAUCGUAUAAUUCCAUCUAUGAAAGGAAAAAACAUUCAUGUAUUAACAAUUAAACAAGCAUUAGCAUCUGAUGCUGGUUAUUAUAGUAUAAAAGCAACGUUAGGUAAUGAAACAAGUACAUCAGAUGCUCAAGUAUUUGUUCAAAUUCCACCAACGAUUGUUAAAAUACCUGAAACAAUAACUGUUGUUGAUGGACAAGAUUGUGAAAUAAAUAUUGAAGUUACUGGUUUACCAUCACCUGUCGUUAAAUGGUCACAUUUAGCUGAAGAUUUAACAACAAAUUCAAAAUAUAAAAUAACAUCAGAUGGUAAUAAUCAUCAAUUACGUAUACAACAUGCAUCUGUACAAGAUGCUGGAGAGUAUCAAGUUUUAUGUACCAAUAAUGUUGGCCGUGUAGCAGGAAAAAUUAUUGUUCGUAUAUCAUCACCACCAAUUAUAGUUGAACCAUUAAAAGAUUUAUUUGUACCAAUGAAACGUACAGCACGAUUAGAAACACGUAUAGAUGCAUUUCCUGAAGCAAAAGCUACUUGGUCAAAAAAUGCCAUACCUAUUGAUUUUAGUUUAUAUGCUGGAAGAAUGAUUGCUGAAGAAAAACGAGGCAUUUAUUCAUUAGUUAUUAAAAAUAUUCAAUUAGAUGAUGGAGGAUUUUAUGUAUGUACAGCACAAAAUUCAUUUGGACAAGUUAAAACAUCUGCAACAUUAGCUAUUGAAAUGGCUCCAAUAUUUUUAAACAAAUUAGAAAAAUUAGAAGGAGUAGAAAAUUGUGAUAUUGAUAUACGUGUUCAAGUUGCUGGAUAUCCAAAACCAAAGUUAGAAUUUGCGUUUAAUCAAAAUCCAAUUGAUGUAAAAGGACGUUAUUCAUUAAAAGAACUUAAAGACGGAUGGUAUGUUUUCACUAUUGCAAAUGCAAAAAGAUCUGAUGCUGGUUCAUAUUCAUGUACAGCAACAAACUCUCUUGGACAAGUAUCAUGUGUUGGAAAAUUAACAUUAUUUCAAUUAUCUGCACCAAAUUUUACUAAAAAUUUAAAUGAUUCUUUAUUUCCCGUUGGUGGAAUAAUAAAACUUGAUAUAAAAGCUAGUGGUUUACCAUUACCACGUUUAGCAUGGUUUAAAGAUGGACAAAUAUUUGAUGAAAAUGAUCGCAUAUCAAUUGUAUUUGAUCCACGUACAACUAUAUGGACAUUAACAAUAAAUGAUUGUCAAGAAAGUGAUACUGGCAUAUAUGAAUGUCGUGCAAAAAAUCCUGGUGGAGAAAAGAUAACAAAAUGUAAAGUAACUGUUUCUGGUGAAGCGCCAACAUUUGUUGAUUCACCAGAAAAAGUUAGCUGUUUGGAAGGACAAACAGCUGUAUUUGGUUGUCGAGUUAGUGGUGAUCCAUAUCCAAUAGUUGUAUGGUCAAGAGGCAAAACAAAAACAUUUACAGAAAAUACACCGAAAUAUGUACUUUAUUAUGAUGAUGAACUUGAUGCACAUUUUUUUGAAAUAAAUCAAUGUUCAGAUGCUGAUACUGGAAUAUAUACAGUUACAAUUCAAAAUACACAUGCAACUGUAACAAAACCAGUUUCAUGUUUUAUUGUAACUAAACCAGAAGAAGUUAUUGAUUAUAAGAGUGUUCUACGUAAAAUGGAAGCUUUACAACGAGCAGGUGCCGGUGGACCAGAUUGGGGUAAAUUGAAGAAAGGUAAAGCUGCAGCAAAAGGACCUACUGAUCCUGGUUGGCAAUAUAAAUUAAAACAUUUUGAAUUAACUGGUGAAGCAGAAGUUACACAAUAUGAUAAACCUCAAGCUGUUGAUCUCGUUGGUUUAUCACCAAGUGAAUUAGCUGCUCGUCGUUCACGUGCAGGUAUUGAUGAUAAUGAAGGUUUAGAAGGUGAUGAUGGACGUGGAUUAAAUGCAUCAACAUCAACAACAGCAAAAGGUCGUAAAGUAUCUCGUCUUGGUCUUAUUACAUUUACUAAACCAUUAACAAAUGUAACUGUAAAUGAAGGUAAACAUGCAACAUUUGAAUGUAAUGUAUCUGAAGCUGAAGCAUCUGUAACAUGGUUAAUUAAUGAUAAACCUGUAUCUAAUGAACGUGCUCAAACAUUAUCUAUUGGUAAAACACGUCGACUUAAUUUAAAAGAUUGUUUAUUAAGUGAAAAUAAUUCUGCAAUAACAUGUGUAUUAGAUGAAGCAACAAAAACAAAUGCACAAUUAUUUGUUAAAGAAGAACCAUUUGAUUUUGUAGAUAAAUUAAAAAAUCUUAAAAUAAAACUUGGUGAUAAAUGUGAAUUACACUGUUCAGUUAAUAAACCAAAUAUUGUUUUACAAUGGUUUAAAGAUGAUAAAUUAAUAACUGAUAUUAAAGAAGAAGUUGAUGGUUUAAUACAUAAAUUAAUUAUACCACAUCUAGAAGAUAAAGAUAAAGGUGUUUAUGUAGCUAAAUAUCAAGAUGUACAAACAGAAGGUCAUGUUGAAGUAUUAGGUCCUCCACAAAUUGUCAAAUCACCAAUUAAUUCAAUUCUUCUUGUUGCUCAAUCAGUUACUCUUACUGCUGAAAUAACUGGUAAUCCAAAACCACAAGUUACAUGGUUAUUCAAAGGUCAACCACUUAAAUCAACUGCAACUAAACAUCAAAUUGAAGCUAAAAAAGAUGGUAUAUAUACAUUAACAAUUCUUAAAGGUGAUACAGCUGAUGAUGGUCAAUAUACUGUCGUUGCUGAAAAUUCAGUUGAUAAAGUUCAAGCAAAUGCUACAGUAAAUGUAUGUACAAAACCAAAAGUUGAUAAAUUAGCUGAUAUUGCUAUUAAUAUUGGUGAAAAUGCUCGUAUUCAAUGUCAAUAUUCUGGCCAACCAAUACCAACUAUAACAUGGUAUAAAGAUGGUAAAGUAAUUCCAACUGAUGAUCAACGAUAUAUAAUUACACAAGAAACAGCAACAUUAUCUGUAUUAACAAUUAAUAAUACAACUAUGGAUGAUAAAGGAGUCUAUUCCGUCAAAUUACAAAAUAUUGCUGGUGAAAUUGAAGGAAAAGCAAACUUAAAUGUUAAACCAAUUAAACCAACAAUAACACGUGAUCUUAAUGCAACAUAUAUUGGUGUUAAAGAUGAAGUUUUUAUUUUAUCAAUAUCUGGUACUGGUAAUCCAACUCCAACAUGUCAAUGGUUUAAAAAUAAUACUGAAUUAACAUCAACAACAGAUGAGCGUAUACAAUUUAAAGAAGAUAAAACAACAAAUGAAUAUUUUCUUAUUAUUAAAAAUUCAAAUCAAAAUGAUAUUGGUGAAUAUCAAUCACAAUUAACAAAUGCUGCUGGUUUCGUUAAAUCAAAAAAGAGUAAAAUUACUAUACAAAAACAACCAACAUUUAUUAGAAAACCCGAAACAAUAACUCUUAAUCAAACAGAAACAUGUAAAAUUGAUUGUCAAAUCGAUGCAUUACCACAAGCAAAAGUAACAUGGUUAUUAGCUGGUAAACCAGUUUCACCUAAAGAUGGUUAUGAAACAACAUUUGAUACCAAAACAGGUAUUGCUACAUUAACUAUUAAAAAUAUAACAACAAAACAUGCUGGUUUAAUAACUGUCAAAGCUGAAAAUGCAAUUGGUACAGCUGAAGAAACAGUUAAUAUUAAUAUUCGUUCGCCACCAAUUCUUCUUAAACCUUUAACAGAUACAGAAGUCAUUACAAAUAAUGAUACAACAUUUAUUUGUGCAUUUCAAUCAUCACCACAAGCAAAUAUUCAAUGGUUUUAUAAUGGUAAACCAUUAUCUUCAUUACCAAAUAAAUAUGAUAUAUCAUAUGAUUCGACAACAAAUCAAUAUAAACUUGUGAUUAAAAAUACUGUAUUAGAUGAUCAUGGAAUUUAUAGUGCACAAGCAACAAAUGAACUUGGACAAACUCAAACUGAAGCUAAACUUAAUGUUAUACAUGCACCGAAUUUUCUUAAUGGUUUACAAGAUACAUCAGUUAUUGCUAAAGAAACUAUUGAAUUAAAUAUUAAAGUUAUUGGUACACCACAACCAACAAUAACAUGGUUAAAAGCUGGAAAAGAAAUAAAAUCUGAUGAGAAAAAAUAUUCUAUUGUACCUAUUGACAAAGAUGGUAAUGCAAAAUUAAUAAUAAAAGAUGUUAGUGAAGAAGAUCAAAGUUUAUAUUCAUGUAUAGCUAAAAAUAAAGUUGGUACUAAUCAAACUGAUGGACAUUUAAAAGUUUUAGCACCAUUAAAAUUUAUUCAACCAUUACAAGAUAUUGAUGUACUUAAUACACAAAAUGCUACAUUAACUUGUGAAGUACAAGGUAUUCCAAAAGCUAAUGUUAAAUGGUUUUUUAAUGAUAUUGAACUUAAAUCAACACAAAAACAAGCUAUUACAGCUAAACAAAAUAUUCAUACAUUAACUAUUAAUCGUGCUGAUCAAACUGAUGCUGGUGUUUACAAAGCUGUUGCAGAUAAUGGUACUGGAACACCAGUUGAAACAACUUGUACUCUUACUGUUGGCAGUAAACCAAAAGUUGAAGGUAAACCUGUUGAUGCUACAGUUAUUGUUGAACAACCAGCUGUUCUUCAAUGUACAUUUUCUGGUUUUCCAAAACCUGAAGUUACUUGGUUUAAAGAUAAUGUUCCAAUAGUAGUAGAUCAACGUAUAACUAUUGAAGAAAAUCAACCAAAUGUUCAUUCAUUACAUAUAAAUCAAUCACAAAUGGACGAUAAAGCAACAUAUUUAUGUAAAGCUAAAAAUCGUUUUGGUGAAAUUGAUGCUAAAAUGAAUUUAAAUGUUAAUUCAAUAAAACCAACUAUUAUACGAGAUUUACAAGAUCAAAACAUAAUUGAAAAAAAUCAACCAAUUGAACUUCAAAUUGAAAUUACUGGUAUACCACAACCACAAAUUAAAUGGUUUAAAGGUAAUGAUGAAAUAACUACAAUAACUCAUAAAGAUUAUGAAAUCAAAUUUGAUAAUAAACAAACAUAUACAUUAUUUAUACAAAAUUCAACACCAGAACAUCAAGGUGAAUAUUCCGUUCAAGCAACAAAUCAAGGUGGUACAAUUAAAUCAAAGAAAACAAAAGUUAUCGUACAGAAAAAAACAGAAUUUAUUAAAUUACCACAAUCACAAACUGUUAAUGAUGGACAAUCCGUUGUAUUUGAUGGUCAAAUUGAUGCUUAUCCUCAACCGAAAGUUACAUGGCUUAAAAAUGGUAAACCAUUAACACCUGAUCUUGGUUUUGAAAGUCAAUAUGAUGCUAAAACUGGUCAUAUUACACUUAAACAUAAAGCAGCAACUAAUAAGCAAGCUGGUGAACUUAUUUGUCGAGUUGAAAAUUCAGCUGGUACAACUGAUGCAUCAGUAACACUUGAUGUUCAAACUGGACCAAUUAUCACAAAGAAAUUAACUGAUCAAGAAGUUAUGAUCGAUAAUGAAAUACGUUUUGUUGUUGAUAUUGCAGGUUCGCCAACACCUACUAUAUCUUGGACAAAAGAUGAUCAUCCAGUUACAUCUGAUAAUGAUCAUAUUAUUGAAUCAGAUAAAGCAACUCAUACAUUAAUAAUUAAAAAUGUUAAAUCAACCGAUGAAGGUAAAUAUCGUGUUGUAGCUGAAAAUCCUCUUGGUCAUGUUGAUUCAACGGGUCAAUUAAUUGUUCUGGAACAACCAUUAAUUGAUCAAUCAUUUGGUGAUGUAACUCAACCAAUUGGUUCAGAUGUUAGUCUUAAAUGUAAUAUAAUUGGUGGUCGACCAAAACCAACAAUAACAUGGCUUAAAAAUGGUAAAGAAUUUAAAGGAGAUGAUCGACAUAUAAUAACAUCAACAACAGAUGGUUCAUGUGAAUUAUUAAUUAAAUCACUUGAUGAAACAGAAAAUCAAGCUAAAUAUACAUUAUUAGUUAAAAAUAAAGUUGGACAAAAAGAAAUCAAUUCAACAAUUACAGUUAAAGCACCAUUAGAAUUUGUUCAAUCAUUAAAAGAUCAAGAUAUACUUGCACAAUCAUCAUGUGUAUUAACUGUUGAAACAAAUGGAAUACCUAAACCAACAGUUAAAUGGUAUUUUAAUGAUCAAGAACUUAAAAAUACACCCAAGACUAAAAUUGAAUCAAAACAAAAUAUUCAUACAAUAACAUUACCUAAAGUUGAUUUACCUGAUGAAGGUGUUUAUAAAUGUGUUGCAACAAAUCCUGAUGGAACUAUUGAAACAAAAGCACAUAUUUCUGUUUGCACUAAACCAAAAGUUGAUGGUAAAGUCAAUGAUGUUACGGUUCAAAUCAAUGACUCUGCAGAAUUACGUACUAAAUUCAUUGCUAUACCAAAACCAACUAUUGCUUGGUAUAAAGCCAAUGAUCUUAAUAAUCCAUUACAAUCAAAUGAUAAUAUUGAAAUAAGUGAAUUACCUGAUGGUACAAAUAUACUUAAAUUAAAAAAGACUGAAUUAACCGAUAGUUCAGCAUAUAUUGCUCGUGCAACAAAUAAAAUUGGUGAAAUUGAUUCAAAAAUAAACUUAACUGUUAAAGAAAUUAAACCACAAAUUUUAUCUGAUAUCACAAAUAUGACUGCUAUUCGUGAUGAAUCAGUACAAUUUAGUAUAAAAGCAACAGGAAAUCCUCAACCAACAAUUCGUUGGUUUAAAAAUGAUACUGAAGAAAUUCUUUCAACAGAUCAAGAUUAUGAACUUAUUCAUGAUACUUCAUCAGAUACAUAUAUUCUAAAAAUUAAUAAAUGUAAACCUGAACAUCAAGGUGAUUAUUCAGCUAUAAUCACAAAUUCAGGUGGUACAGUUAAAUCUAAAAAAGGCAAAUUAACUAUAACAAAAUCUCCGGAAUUUCUUGAAAAACCAACAUCAAUUGAUAUAAAUGAAAAUGAUUUAGCUGAAUUUCGUGCAAAAAUUGAUGCUUAUCCAGCAGCAAAAAUUUCUUGGUUAUUUGAAGGUAAACCAAUAACACCUAAAGAUGGAUUUGAUGUACAUACAGAUCAAACAACUGGUACAUCUGUAUUAACUAUCAAACAAACAUUACCUAAACAUGCUGGAAAAAUUACUGUUAAAGCUGAAAAUCCAUCAGGUUCAAUUGAAGAUAGUGUUCAAUGUUCAGUUAAAACUGGACCAAAAAUAACAAAAAAACCAACUGAUGUCGAAGCUUUAUUACAUACAGAUGCUGUUUUUCUUAUUGAUGUAUCAGGUUCACCAAAACCAGAAAUUGAAUGGAUUCAUCGUGAUCAAUCAAUAAAAUCGUCAAAUAAAUAUGAAAUAGUCGAAGAAAGUUCAACAGUAACUAAAUUAAUCAUUCAUGAUAUUACACCUGAAGAUGAAUCACCUAUACAAAUUAAAAUUAAGAAUCCACUUGGUCAAAAUGAAACUACAGUUCAACUAAAAGCACUUGAAACACCACGUAUUGAGCCACAAUUAACAGAUCAAGAAGUAACACUUAAUGAAGCACUUGUUCUUAAAACAAAUGUUUAUGGUCGACCAAAUGUUGAUAUUCAAUGGUUAAAAGAUCAAAAACCAAUAGCACAAUCAGAUCGUAUUAAAAUUCAACGUAAUGAUAAUGAAUGUUCAUUAGCAAUAGCAAAUAUUAAAGAAGAAGAUAUUGGUACAUAUACAUUAUCAGUUAAAAAUAAACUUGGAAAAAUUGAUACAACAUCAAAUGUUAAAGUUACUGCAGCAUUAAAAUUUGCUAAACAAUUAAAUGAUUUAGAUAUUAUACAAGGUUCAAAUGGAGUUUUAUCUGUUGAAUGUGAAGGUGUACCAAAACCUAAAUUAACAUGGUAUUUCAAUGAUAAUGAAAUUAAAUCUACUCAAAAAACUCGUAUUGAUACCAAAGGUUCAACAAGUACAUUAACAAUAAACAAAGCUGAUAUGCCUGAUAUUGGUGUUUACAAAGUUGUAGCUGAUAAUGGAAAAGAAAAAAUUGAAACACAAACAAAUGUUGAUAUUUAUUUAAUUCUAAUGUUCGUUUUAGUUAAACCAAAAAUUGAUGGUAAAUCUACGGAUGUAACAUGUUUAUUGGAUGAAACAGCUAAACUUAAUAUUAAAUUUUCGGCUAUACCAAAACCAAAUAUUACAUGGCAUAAAGCUGACGGUACUGAAAUAAUACCUGAUGAUCAUAUUCAAAUUGUUACUGAUGAUAAUGGACAAUCAACAUUAAUUAUUAAUAAGACUACAUUACAAGAUACUCAAGCAUAUACUGCUCGUGCAACAAAUAAAGUUGGGUCAAUUGAUGCUAAAAUUAAUCUAAAUAUUAAAGAAGUAAAACCAACAUUAAAAAAUGAUCUUGAACCACAAACAAUCAAUGUUAAUGAUGAACUUAUUUAUCGUCUUGUUGUUGAUGGUCGACCAAUACCAACUGUUAGAUUCUAUAAAGAUGGUAAUGAAAUAGGUCCAGUUACUAUUGAAAAAUCUCCAACACCAGAUGAUUCUCUCAUAACUGCUAUUCUUCAUAUUCCAAAAGCAUCUAUUACUGAUCAAGGGGAAUAUCAAGCUUCGGUUGAAAAUCCUGCAGGUGUUAUUAAAACUAAAAAAGCUAAAGUAACCGUUCAACAAAGUCCAACAUUUGUUAAAACACCUGAAGAUGCAACUGUUAGUCAAGGUAAAGAAGUUACAUAUGAAGCUCAAAUAUCAGCAUAUCCAAUAGCUAAAGUAACGUGGUUACUUAAUGGAAAACCUUUAACACCCAAUGCUGAUUGUUCUAUAACAUUUGAUAAUUCAACACAAAAAGCCUUAUUAACAUUACGUAAAAUCGAUGCUAAUAAACAUUCAGGUAUAAUAACAUGUCAAAUUGAAAAUGCAGCAGGAAAACUUACACAUGAUGUUAAACUUGAUGUUCUUACACAACCAAAAAUACUUAAAGAAUUAAAAGAUGAAAAUAUUGUUGAAGGACAAGAUGUAACAUUAUCAAUUGGAACAAGUGGAUAUCCAAAACCUAAAGUAGAAUGGUUUUUUAAUGAUAAACCUAUUGUACAUGAUGAUCAACAUUAUCAAAUAAUUACAAAAGAAGAUGAAAAUUUAUAUGAACUUAAAAUAAAACAAACAAAAUCAACGGAUAAAGGACUUUAUAAAGUUCAUAUAACAAAUUCUGAGGGUGAAAUAACAAGUCAAGCUAAUUUAGAUGUUCAUAUUGCACCUAUAAUUAGUUCUUUUCCAGCAAAAAUUGAAGCUAUUCAAGGACAACAAGUUAUAAUACCAUGUCAAAUAUCUGGACAACCAAAACCUGAAAUAACAUUUUUAAAAGAUAAGAAAGAUGUAACAACACUUGAAGAUAAAAAUCGUUUUCAUAUUGAAUAUGAUGAUAAAACUGAUGAAGUACGUUUAAUUAUUUCCGAUGUUAAAGAAGAUGAUCAAGGUAAAUAUACAAUACGUGCAAAAAAUCUUGUUAAAACAAUUGAAGAACAAACAAAUUUAAAUGUAUCAGCACCAUUAUCAUUUAUUGAUCAAUUACAAGAUACAGAUGUUAUAAGUGGACAAAAUUUAACAUUAACAUGUCGUUGUCAAGGUAUACCAAAACCAACAAUAAAAUGGUAUCAAAAUGAUAAUGAAAUAAAAUCAACAACAAAACAAAAAAUUGAAUCAAAACCUGAUGGUACACAAACAUUAACAAUAAAUCGUGUUGAUUUAACUGAUGGUGGACAAUUUAAAAUUGUUGCAAUUAAUCCACAAGGUACAAUAACAUCAACAUCUAAUGUUAGUGUACUUAUGAAACCAAAAAUUGAUAGUAAACCACAAGAUACUCAAGUUAUUAUUGGUGAAUCAGCACAAUUAAAUAUGAAAGUAUCUGGUAUACCAAAACCAAAUAUUCAAUGGUUAAAAAAUAAUCAAGUAUUUGAUAUUGAUAAUCAACGUAUAAAAACUAUUGAAAAAGAUGAUGUAUAUUCAUUAAUAUUUGAUAGUACACAAUUAGAUGAUAAAGCAUCAUAUACAUUAAAAGCAAUAAAUCCAGCUGGUGACAUUGAAUCACCUAAAAUGACAUUGAAUGUAACAUCUGUUCAACCAAAAAUAAAAUUAGAUUUACAACCAACAUUAAAUGUAACUAAACAUGAAUCAAUUAUUUUAACAAUUCAAGCUGAUGGUAAACCAAAACCAAAAAUACAAUGGUUUAAAGGAAAUGAAGAAAUUUCUAUAAAUCAACCUAAUGUUAAAAUUAUUGAAGAAGAUGAUAAUACUUAUAAAUUAAUUAUUGAAAAAGCUACAGAAAAAGAUCACGGAGAAUAUAGUGCAAUUAUUCAAAAUCCUGGUGGACAAAUCAAAUCAAAGAAAACUAAUGUUACUGUUACAAAAUUACCUGAAUUUCUAUCUAAACCAAUGGAUACAACUAUAAAACAAGGUGAUACAGCUACAAUUGAAUGUCAAAUUGAUGGUUUUCCAUUACCUAAAAUAACUUUAUUACAUAAUGGAAAAUCAUUAACACCUAAAGAUGGUAUUGAACAAACAUAUGAUGCAGCAAAUCAUCGUCUUCUAAUAACUGUUAAAAAUGCACGUGUUGAUCAAACAGGUACAUUAACUUGUAAACUUGAAAAUGCAAUCGGUUCAAUAGAAGCUUCAUGCCAAUUAAAUAUAACAGCUGCUCCAAUUAUUUCUAAAGGUUUAACUGAUCAAGAAUGUUUAUUAGAUAAAGAACUUCAUUUAACAAUUACUUCAACAGCAAGUCCACAACCAUCAAUAAAAUGGUUUAAAGAUAAUGUUGAAUUAAAAGAUAUUGGUAAACAAAUAUCUGAUAAUACAUAUGAAUUAAUUAUUUCCAAUGUUAAACCCGAAGAUGAAGGUACUUAUAAAGUUGUUGUAUCAAAUGAACUUGGUGAUAAAGAAUCUCAAUGUAAAUUAACUGUUAUACAACCAACUGAUCUUAAAUGUGAAUUUCCAGAACAACAAACUAUUCAAAUUGGUCAAUCUAUUCAUCUUGAAUGUCAUGUUAGUGGACGUCCACAACCAGAUAUAACAUGGACAAAAGAUGGCAAAGAAAUAAAACCAUCUGAUCGUGUUGAAAUUGUCAAAAAACCUGAUGGUACUUGUUCAUUAACAAUUAAACAAGCAACAUCAGAUGAUAAAGGUGUUUAUAAAGUAAUAUGUAAAAAUAAAUUACAAACACGUGAAGCUCAAACACAAAUUCAAGUAUCAUCACCAUUAAAAUUUAAUACAACACUUAAAGAUACUAUUGCACAAGUUGGACAAAGUGUUACACUUGAAGUUGAUUGUGAAGGUUUACCAAAACCAACAAUUAAAUGGUUUUUCAAUGGCCAAGAAAUAACUCCAUCAGGCAAAUAUAAAAUUGAAUCAAAAGGAAAUCUUAAUAAAUUAACAUUACCUAAAGUUGAUCUUAUCGAUACGGGUGUAUAUGAAGUUGUUGUUUCAAAUGGUAUUGAUACAAUCAAAGCUCAAUCAAAAGUUGAUGUUUGCAUCAAACCUAAAGUUGAAGGUAAACCAUCCGAUGUUAAUGUUAAUAUUAAUGAACCAGCUAAACUUCAAUGUAAAAUAUCUGCUUCACCAACACCAACUAUAGUUUGGCUUAAAGAUGGUAAACCACUUGAACCAUCAGAUAAUAUAACAACACAAACAGAACCUGAUGGUACACAAAUUCUUCAAUUUAAAUCUGCUCAAAUAAUCGAUAAAGGAAGUUAUACAUGUCAAGCAACAAAUAUAGGUGGUACAAGUGAAGUUAAAUUGAAUUUAAAUGUUCAACAAAUAAAACCAACAUUAAAAGUUGAUCUUACUAAAGAUAUUAUUGGUCAAGCUGAUGAACCUGUAUCACUUACCAUACAAGCAUCUGGUACAAAACCACAAGUUAAAUGGUUUAAAGAUGGUGAAGAAAUAAUAAAAACUGUUGAAGAAGAAUAUGAAAUUAUUGAAGAAGAAGAAACAUUUACAUUAUUAAUAAAACGUGCACAACCAAAAGAUAGUGGUGAAUAUCAAGCAACAAUUACAAAUGAUGUUGGACAAAUAAAAUCGAAAAAAAUCAAAGUACAAAUACAAAAAGCUGCACAAUUAAAAAAGAAACCUGAACCUAUUGUUAAUGUGAAACAAGGUGAACAAGCACGUUUUGAAUGUGAAUUUGAUGGUAAUCCAAUACCAAAAGUAUCUUGGUUACGUGAUGGAAAACCGUUAACAGCUAAAGAUGGUUUUGAAAUAAAAACUGAUGCAACUAUAGGAAAAAGUGUUUUAAUUAUUAAUCAAACAACAGCUAAACAUUCAGGUCCAAUAACAUUACGUUUAGAAAAUUCUGUUGGAAAACCAAUUGAAGAAAUAAUUCAAUUACAAGUUGAAACAGCACCACAAAUUUUACAAAAACCACAAGCAACUAAUGAAAUACAUUUAAAUGAAACAGCUUCAAUUAAUUUUAAAUGUUUAUCAACACCAAAACCAGUAAUACGUCUAUUUAAAAAUGAUAUUGAAAUACAAUUAACUGAUGAUCAUUAUGAACUUAUAACAAAUUCAACAGAUUCAACAUUAUAUGAAAUUAAAAUAAAAAAUGUUCAAAUUGAUGAUGAAGGAAAUUAUCGUUUACAUAUUGAAAAUUCUUUAGGAAAUAUUGAAUCAAAUUUUCAAAUAUCAACUGUUGAUAAUGUAUCAAUUCAAUCAUCAGCUAAACCAAUUAAUACAGAUUUAAAACAACAUGAUACAUUAACACUUGAGUAUACUGUUAAUGGACGACCAAAACCUGAUAUUGUUUUUAUGAAAGAUGGUAAAGAAAUAAAACCAUCAACAAGAACACAAAUUACAUAUGAUGAAACAACAGGUAUUUGUCGAUUAAUAACAACUGAUGUUGGACAAGAAGAUCAAGGUGUUUAUACAUUAAUAGCUAAAAGUAAAUUAGGUAAACAAGAAAGUGAACCAAUUAAAAUAAAUGUUACUGCACCAAUUACUAUUAAAAAGACUCUACCAGAAACAAUUGAUGCUAUUUUUAAUGAGCAAACAACAUUAACUAUCGAAGCUGAAGGUAUUCCUCAACCGAAAAUAACUUGGCUAUUCAAUGAUCAACCACUUAAAUCUUCACCAAAACAUAAAAUUGAAAUACCAAAAGACAAUCCACAUUUAAAUACAUUAACAAUAACAAAAUUAGAUAAUUCUGAUAGUGGUAAAUAUACAGCUAUUAUUGAUAAUGGUCUUGAAAAACUUCAAUCAAAUUGUCAAUUAAAUAUUUAUUCGAAACCUAAAUUAGAAUCAAAAUUAGAACCAACAAUGACAUUUAAUAUUGGUGAACAAGGUUCUAUACCAAUACGUCUUAGUGGUGAAGAUAAUACAAUAACUUGGUUUAAAGAUUCUCAACCAAUUGAUUUUAAUGAUCGUAUACGUUUCAUAACAGAAGAAAAUAAUUCAUAUCGAUUAAUUAUUGAUGAUCUUCGCUCUGAAGAUAAAGGUAUUUAUUCAAUGAUUAUUAAAAAUAAAGGUGGAACUUUAGAAGCUAAAACAACAUUAAAUAUAAAAGAACAAAAACCACAAAUUUUAAGUGAUUUAAAUGAUUCACCAGGUGCAAAUAUAGCAAAAAUUGGUGAAGAAUUUUCAUUAGAAAUUCAUGCACAAGGUAAACCACGACCAAAUGUAACAUGGUUAUUUAAUGGACAAGAAUUAUCUUCAAAUUCAUCUGAUUAUGAAAUCAUUGUUACAGACGAUGGUUAUUAUCGUAUUAUAUUUCAUCAAUUUAAUGAACAUUAUCUUGGUGAAUAUCAAGCUGUAAUAACAAGUUCGGCAGGUACAAUAAAAACAAAGAAAAUUAAAGUAACCGGACAACAAAUACCAAUAUUUACACAAGAACCACCAAAAUCUCUUCAAGUUAAAACAGGUGAAAAAUUAACAAUUGAAUGUACAACAAAAGGAUAUCCACCACCAAAAAUAUCAUGGUUACUUAAUGGAAAAACAUUAACAAAUAAAGAUGGUUUUGAUAUUAAAUUUGAUCAAACAACUGGUCAAGCAACAUUUAUUAUACCAAAUGCAACAAUGAAACAUUCAGGAAAAUAUGAAUGUAAAAUUGAAAAUCAAUAUGGUACACAUACAUCUGAAAUUAAUAUAGAUGUUCUUGCACCACCAACUGUUCAACAAAAAAUGCAAGAUUUUGAAAUAUCUCGUGGACAAGAUGUAACUAUAACAGUUACAGCUGAUGGUAGUCCAUUACCAACAUGUACAUGGUUUCAUAAUGAUAAACCAGUUGAAAUACAACCUGAUCAUAUUGUUGUUAUUAAUGAUGGACCAACACAUAGUUUGAAAUUACUUAAUGUUCAGUUAAAUGAUGAUGGACAAUAUAAAGCUGUUAUUGAAAAUCAAAUGGGUAAAACAGAAUUAGUCAGUCAAGUCACUGUUAUGGAUGCACCCGAUAUAUCUACGGAACCCAUUGAUAUUCAUGUAAGUCAAGGUGGUUCAUGUACACUUCAAUGCCAAGCACCAGGUAAACCAUUACCUGAAGUAAAAUGGACGAAAAAUGGUAAAGAAUUAAAAUCCAAUGAAAAUCUUUUACUUGAAUCAUUACCUGACGGUAAUCAUCAAUUAACAUUAACUAAUGCUCAAGCGGAUCACAGUGGUCAAUAUAUUGCAAAUGUUAAACAUAAAAUUCGAACACAGCAAAUGGUUUUUAAUAUUAUUGUUACAGCUCCACUUGAAUUAAAACAAACACCAAAUGAUGUUAAUGUUCUACAAACACAAAAUGCACAAAUCAUAUUUGAAGUUGAUGGUUUACCGCGACCAAAUAUUACUUGGUUAUUUAAUGGAACUCCUAUACAACCAUCAGCUAAACAUAAAAUGGAAACUAAAGGAAAUCAAAUCAUUCUCAAUAUCAACAAAGCAGAUUUUCCUGAUUCAGGAAUAUAUACCGCCAUAAUUGAUAAUGGUAUUGAAAAGAUUGAAGUUCCAGUAAAAAUGAAUGUUGGAGUGAAACCAAAAGUUGAAGCUUCAAAACCAGCCAAUGAACAAUCAUGUGUAAUUGGUCAAGAUGCACAAAUCUCAUGGAAAUUUAGUGGUGUUGAGAAACCCCAUGUUACUUGGCUCUUCAAUGGACAACCAUUACCCACUAAUGAACGCUUCCAAGUCAUUGAAACUGAAGAUGGAACAUCAACAUUAUCUAUUCGACAUGCCGAACUUACUGAUAAAGGUAUUUAUACUGCCAAAGCAACAAAUGCCGUCGGUGAAGUUGAAGCUAAAACAACAUUGAAUAUUGCUGGAGUGAAACCUGUCUUGACAAAUGAUCUUGAAGCGACUACUCAUGCUACUAAAGGUGAAUCAAUGACUAUAAAAUUAUCAGCUACUGGUACACCUAAACCAGAGGUUGUUUGGAUGCGUGGCAAUGAUGAACUUGUUCCAAGUGAUCAUAUUCAAGUAACAGCACCAACAACUGAAGGGGAUGAUACAUAUACAUUAACUAUUUUGAAUGUUCAACCUGAAGAUCAAGGAGAUUAUUCAGCUAAGAUAACGAAUGUUGGUGGAUCACUCAAAUCUAAGAAAUGCAAAGUCGCUGUUACAAAAUCACCUGCAUUUGUUGCUAAGCCUGCAACGCAAGAAGUAAAACAAGGUGAAACAGCAGUAUUUGAAACAAAGAUUGAUGGAUAUCCAACACCUAAGAUAACAUGGCUUCUCAAUGGUAAACCAUUAACACCAAAAGAAGGUGCUCAAGUUGAAUUGAAUGCAGCUACUGAAGAAACAGUUAGUGGAAAAGAUGUUGCAUUACGAGUUGUUGUACGUGGUUCUCCACGACCAGAAGCACAAUGGUUCUUUAACGAUACGCCAAUAGCACCAGAGAAUACUUCAUGUGAUGAAGAAAAGAGUGAAUAUCAACUAUUGUUGAAAGAAACGUCUGUUACUGCUAAUGAAGGAACAUAUCGAGUAGUAUUGAAGAAUGAACUUGGAGAAACGGAAUCAACACCAUGCAUAUUGACCGUAUUGGAACCAGUUAAGUUAACAAAGAUUUCUCCAACAUCAGAAGUAAUUGAUUUGAAAGUUGGUGAACCAUUUGAAAUCUCCGCUGAUGUUGAUGGAAAAGAAGCGCCUAAAGUACAAUUAUUAAAAGAUGGUAAAGAAGUUAAAUUUACAAGCAUUGAAGGUCCACGACAUGUGUAUUCGGUGACUGAGGUGAAACCUGAACAUCAAGGUGUAUAUAAAUUGAUGGCGAAGAAUAAGACGUCGUCUGAAGAAACAACUGUAACAUUAAAUAUCACAGCUCCACUUAAUAUUGUUCAACCUCUUAAUGAUAUCAAUGUUCUGAUGGGCCAGAGUGGUACAUUCUCGUUUGUUUGCGAUGCUUUCCCUGCACCGAAAGUAACAUGGUUUAUGAACGACAAUGAAUUGAAGAAUUCGACGAAACAUAAGAUUGAGGCAAAACAAAAUGUAUACACAUUGACUGUUAACAAAUGUGAAAAUACGGAUAUCAGCACUUAUCGUGCUGUAAUCGAUAACGGCGUUGAUAAAGGUGAACAAACAGCUAAACUAAAUGUUGGUACUAAGCCAACAGUAGUCGGAAAACCAACUGAUGUUCAAGUACAAAUUGGUCAAUCAGCUCGUCUUCAAGUACAAUUUGCUGGACAACCGCUACCUGACAUUACAUGGUUAAGAGCUGAUGGUCAACCACUUGGUGAACAUGCCAAGAUUGCAAACGAUGAAAAUGGUCUUGCUGUACUGGUAUUCGAUUCAACAGUAUUACCUGAUAAAGGUGGUUACGUAGCAAAAGCGACAAACAUUGUUGGAUCUGUCGAACAAAAGAUCAACUUAGAUGUGAAAGAAAUUAAACCAACAAUUAUUCGUGACCUUGAAGCAGCUAUUAAUGCUACAAAAGGAGAACCAAUGACAUUAACUAUUGAAGCAACUGGUAAUCCAAAACCAACAGUUCGAUUCUUCCGUGGUGCAGACGAACUUGUUGCUGCCGAAGGUCAAAUUGAAAUAAAAGAAUCUGAAGAUGGUCAAACAUUUACAGCAACUAUCCUUAGUAUUCAACCAAAUCAACAAGGUGAUUAUACAGCAACUGUUCAAAAUACAGGUGGAAUGGCAAAGAGUAAGAAAUGUAAAGUUACUGUUACAAAAACUCCAACAUUUAUACGGACACCACAAGAUUUAACAGUUGCUGAUAAAUCUGAAGCAAUUUUUGAGUCGGAAAUCGAUGCAUUUCCAUCUGCAAAAAUUACUUGGUUAAAAGAUGGAAAACCCUUAACAGUCAAAGAAGGUGUUGAAAUUCAAGCACAAAAUGAUAAAGGUCUUUAUACACUUCGUAUUCCUCAAGUUGAUACAACAAAACAUAUGGGUACAAUGAUAUGUCGUGCAGAAAAUGCUAUUGGUACUACUGAACAUCCAAUUCAAUUAAAUAUUACAACAGCUCCAACAUUAAAGACACAAUUAAAAGAUCUUGAAGUUUUACGUGGACAAGAUGCAAUAUUUACUGUUGAUAUUCAAGGUUAUCCAAUACCAGAAAUAAUUUGGAGUCGUGCUGAUAAAGUUCUUGAAGAGCAAAAUGAACUAAUAGGAUUUUCUGAUGAUCGAAAACAAUUAACAAUACGUAAUGUGCAAAUUGACAAUGAAGAUGAAUAUAAUAUACGAGUUGUUAAUGAAUUUGGUGAAGUUACAAGUAAAGCAAAAUUAAGUGUAUUAGAACUUCCCGAAAUUCAACCAUUAUUAGAAGAUAAAAAUACUCAAAUUCGUCAACAGAUUGAAUAUUCAACAACAAUUACUGGGCGACCAUUACCUGAAAUUCAAUGGUUAAAAAAUCAAAAACCAUUAAAUGCAUCACCACCACAUAUAAAUAUUGAAACCAUUGAAGAAAAUGUUAUAAAAACUACACUUCAUAUUGAUAAUAUUCAAUCCGAUGAUGAUGGUACAUAUACAAUACGUGUUAAAAAUCGUGCUGGACAAAAAGAAUCAUCAUCAAAAUUAAAUGUUUUAGCUAAAUUAACAUUUAUUAAAAAAAUUCAAGAUGAAAAUGUUAUUCAAGGACAACCAAUUUCAUUUCAAUGUCAAAUAGAAGCAAUACCAAAACCAAAAGUAACAUUUUAUUUGAAUGAUCAAGAAUUAAAAUCCGGAGGAAAAAUAAAAAUUGAAUCAAAAGGCGAUUUAAAUACAUUAUCAUUUUCAAAAGUUGAUUUAGUUGAUAGUGGAAUCAUUAAAGUUAUUGCUGAUAAUGGCUUAGAUAAAGACGAAAUAAGUGCAAAAUUAAAUGUUUGCGUGAAACCAAGCCUAGUCGGAAAACCAACUGAUGCUCAAGUAUCAAUUGGACAACCAGCAAGAUUACAAUGUGGUUUUACUGGUUUACCAAUGCCAGAAUUGAAAUGGUCACGUGUUGAUGGACAACCAUUAAAUGAAGGAAUUGAAAUAGCUAACGAUGAAAAUCAAGGCAUAGCAGCUUUAGUUUUUAAUACAACUUCAAUGGCUGAUAAAGGAGCAUAUCUUGUUAAAGCAACAAAUGUUGUUGGAUCUGUCGAACAAAAAGUUAAUCUUGAUGUUAAAGAAAUCAAACCAACAAUUAUUCGUGAUCUUGAAGCAGCUAUUAAUGCUACAAAAGGAGAACCAAUGACAUUAACUAUUGAAGCAACUGGUAAUCCAAAACCAACAGUUCGAUUCUUCCGUGGUGCAGACGAACUUGUUGCUGCCGAAGGUCAAAUUGAAAUAAAAGAAUCUGAAGAUGGUCAAACAUUUACAGCAACUAUCCUUAGUAUUCAACCAAAUCAACAAGGUGAUUAUACAGCAACUGUUCAAAAUACAGGUGGAAUGGCAAAGAGUAAGAAAUGUAAAGUUACUGUUACAAAAACUCCAACAUUUAUACGGACACCACAAGAUUUAACAGUUGCUGAUAAAUCUGAAGCAAUUUUUGAGUCGGAAAUCGAUGCAUUUCCAUCUGCAAAAAUUACUUGGUUAAAAGAUGGAAAACCCUUAACAGUCAAAGAAGGUGUUGAAAUUCAAGCACAAAAUGAUAAAGGUCUUUAUACACUUCGUAUUCCUCAAGUUGAUACAACAAAACAUAUGGGUACAAUGAUAUGUCGUGCAGAAAAUGCUAUUGGUACUACUGAACAUCCAAUUCAAUUAAAUAUUACAACAGCUCCAACAUUAAAGACACAAUUAAAAGAUCUUGAAGUUUUACGUGGACAAGAUGCAAUAUUUACUGUCGAUGUUCAAGGCUAUCCAAUACCAGAAAUAAGUUGGAUGCGUGGGAAUGAAACACUUAUUGAAUUAAGUGAUAAGUAUACAUGGUCUGAUGAUCAACAUCGUCAAUUAAUAAUUCAUAAUAUUCAAGUUGAAGAUGAAGAUGAAUAUAAUGUUCGAAUACAUAAUGAAUUUGGUGAAGUUACAAGUAAAGCUAAACUUUCAUGUUUAAUUCCACCAAGUAUAUCACCAGCUACCGUUGAUGAUACACUUUUACAACGUGGUGAUGAAAUUGAAUAUCGAUUUGAAAUAGAAGGUCGUCCACAAGUUGAUAUAACAUGGUUGAAAAAUGGUAAAGAACUUAAAUUAAAUGAAAAUCCAAAUUAUAUCUUCACAUCUGAUAAAGAAAAUAAUAAAGAAUCAUUUAAAAUUGUUAAAGCUGAUGGUGAUGAUCAAGCACGUUAUACAUUACAAAUAAAAAAUAAAGCUGGAAAAGCUGAAGUAAAUAUAAAUACAAUUGUUAAAGCUAAUCUACAAUUUACUAAGACACUUUCUGAUGUUGCUACAAUUGUUGGACAACCAAUAACAUUUUCAUGUGAAUGUUUUGGUUUACCAAAACCAACAUUAAUUACAUGGUACUUUAAUGAUAUUGAAAUAAAAGUAUCAGCAAAAUAUAAAAUUGAAUCAAAAUAUCCCUUAAUAAAUUUAACUGUUAAUAAAACAGAUUUAAUUGAUAUUGGUAAAUACCGUGUUGUUAUUACAAAUGAUGAACAAACAAUUGAAAGUCAAGCAAAUUUACUAGUACAAACAAAACCCAAAUUAGAAGGUAAACCACAAGAUGCACAACCAAUUAUUGAAGAAUCAGCUAGAAUACAAUGCAAAUUUUCUGGUUCACAACCAUUUAAUGUAACUUGGUUAAAGAAUAGUGAAACUUUGACUUUACCAAAUGAUAAUAUUGAAGUUAUUAAUGAAGUUGAUACUGGUAUACAAGCACUUGUUUUUAAACGUGUUGAUAUUGAUGAUAAAGCUAGUUAUACAGUUCAAGUUGCAAAUAUGGUUGGACAAGCUGAAGGAAAAAUGAAUUUAACACCAAAAGAAAUUAAACCAACAAUCAUUACUGAUCUCGAAGGAAAAACAGUUCAAAAAGGUGAAUCAUGCGAAUUAACAAUAAUAGCUGAAGGUAAACCUCAACCACAGUGUAAAUGGGCAUUUAAUAAUCAAGAUUUAACAUUAAUUCCUGGUGAAAUCGAAUCCGUAAAUGAUGAAAAUGAUAAACGUAUAUAUUAUUUACGAAUUCCUUCAACUCAACCAAAACAUAUUGGUGAAUAUUCAUGUACAUUAUCAAAUGGUGGUGGAAGUGUUAAAUCUAAAAAAGUGAAAGUAACUUGUGAAAAAUCUCCACAAUUUCCAUCCGAAUUUGGUAAAACUGUUAAAGCUAUUCAAGGUGAUGAUACAAGAAUUGAAAGUUCAAUUGAUGCUUAUCCAUUACCACAAUUUACUUGGAGUCGAGCAUCGAAUGAUAAAGCAUUAUCAGAUAAAGAUGAAAAUUAUUCAAUUGCAUUUGAUACUGAUCAAAAUGCAUCAUUAUUAUUAAUAAAACAAGUUAAUAAAGUUGCACAUGAAGAUGAGUAUAUAUGUCAUGCAACAAAUGAAUUUGGUUCAGCUACAAUGCGUACUAAAUUACUUGUUCUUAUUCGACCUUAUUUUAUUGAACAAUUAAAAGAUGCACAAUGUCAUGAAUUUAUUGAACAAUAUGCUAUUGAAUAUCAAGCUGAAGGUUUUCCUGAGCCAACAAUACAAUGGACAAGGAACAAUGAAAUAAUUUCAUCAACAUCAAAUGAAUUUCGUAUUGAAAAAAAUCGUUUAAUUAUAUUGGAAACAAAAUUAGAACAUACAGGAACAUAUGCUGUUAAAUUAACAAAUGAAGUUGGCGAAAUUGAAUCAUCUAUGCAAUUAACAGUUACAGAAAGACCUAUUGAAGUUGGUAAACAUCUUGUUGAUACAAAUGGUAUUGAAAAAGAUAAAAUUACAUUUGAAUGUGUAUUUACAAAACCAAUUGAAAAUGUUAAAUGGCUUAAAAAUGGUAUUGAAUUAUCAGAUGAUGCACGUUUUAUACGUAAAGGUGAACCAAAUCAGCGUUACUUUCAAUUAGAAAUUCAUUCAUUAACACUUGAUGAUACAGGAGAAUAUUCUUGUAUUUAUAAUGAAGCAAUUAAUUCAAAAGCAAUGUUAACAGUUAAUGAAUUACCAAUUGAUUUUGAAAAACCAUUAUCAAAUCAAUCAUUAACUGAAUAUGAUACAUUAACACUUGAAUGUAUUGUAACGAAACCAAAUAAACAAGUUAAAUGGUUUUUUGAUAAUCAAGAAUUAAAACCAAAUGAUCGAUGUCGAUUUGAAACUGAAGAAAAAAUUCAUCGAUUAAUUAUUAGUAAUAUGGCACCAAAUGAUGAAGGAAAUUAUGAUGUUAUUACAGAAAGUGAAAGAAAGAGUUCAGCAUUUGUCAGUGUUAAAGAAAUUCCUGUUGAAUUUAUUCGUCCAUUAGCUGAUAUUGAUAUACAAGAACGUGCAUCAGAAUUAAUUCUUGAAUGUGAAUUAAAUAAAUCUGUUCAUGUUGAAUGGUAUCGUUUUUCAACACAAUUAACAUCUUUUACUGAUGAACAACGUAUAUUUCUUGAACAUAAUGAUCUUGUACAUCGUUUAAUUAUAAAAAAUAUUCAAAUGGAUGAUCAAGGAACAUAUACAUGUCUUUAUCCAUCACAACAUGUUGAUUCAACAUGUAAAGUACAUGUUAAUGAAUUACCAUUAGCUAUUGUACAAGGUUUUAAUGAUGAAUAUAUAAUAACUGAAAAUGAUGAUUUAAUAUUAAAUAUUGAAUUAAAUAAAAUAAGUUUCUUAAAAUAUGAAUGGCUUAAAGAUGGUAUACCUAUUGAAAAUAAUGAACGUAUUAAAAUGAAUGUUCAAGGUGAAAAAUAUCAAUUAAAAUUAUUUGAUGCUAAACUUAAUGAUCAAGGAAAAUAUACAUUUCGUAUAAAUGAAGCUAAUAUUGAAGCAAAUACAGAUAUUAAAAUAAAUGAAUUACCUGUUUAUUUUACACGUCCUCUUAAAGAUAUAUCAACAAUUAUGGAAAAUACAUCGGAUUAUCAUCUUGAUUGUGAAAUAAAUAAAGAAAAUAAAAUUGCACAAUGGUUUAAAGAUGAUGAACAACAAGCAUUAGUUUCAAAUGAUGAAGUUAGAAUAGAAUCUCGUGGACGUAUUCAUGCUUUAGUUUUUAAUUCAGUUAAAGUAACACAUGCAGGAAAAUAUACAUGUCAAUUUAAUGAUGAUAUCAAAUCAAUUGGUGCACUUCAAGUUGAAGAUGCUCCGACAGAAUUUGAGAUUGGUUUAGAAAAUGCAUCAGUUAUUGAAGAUGAACCACUUACAUUAGAAUGUAUUCUUACAAAAGAUCGACCUGAUGAUGAAGUUAUUUGGUCAUUUAAUGGUGAUCGAUUAAUUGUCGAUAAUGAACGUAUUAAAACAUCAAAAGUUGGUCCGAUUGUUAAAUUAAUUAUUGAUGAAUGUCAAUUAACUGAUGAAGGACGUUAUCAAGCAGAAAUUAAUAAUAAAACAAGCAAAGCUAUUGUUACUGUUAAAGAGAAAAAACUUCAAUUUAUCCGUCCAUUAAAAGAUAUUGAAUUCAAUGAAUGGUCACAAUGUAUUCUUGAAUGUGAACUUAAUAAACGUAAUGUUGAAUGUCGUUGGUAUAAAGAUACAAUGGAAAUUUAUCCAAAUGAUCAUUAUCAAUUUGAAGUUGAUAAUAAAAUUCAACGUUUAAUUAUAAAUCGUCUUGAAUUAGAUGAUACAGCCAUAUAUGGUUGUGUUUGUCGACAAGAAAAAACAUCCGGAAAAUUAACUGUUAAAGAAUUACCUUAUGAAUUUAUUCGUCCAUUAGAUGAAACUGUAACUAUUGUAGAAAAACAACAAUUAAUACUUGAAUGUGAAACAAAUAAACCAUUAAGAGAUAAUUUAGCCAUAUGGACACGUGAUGGACAAAUUUUAACACAUAGUCCUGUUGAUGGUGUACUUAUUAAAACACUUGAUAAAGUUCAUACACUAACAAUAUAUGAAUGUAAAAUGAAAGAUCAUGGACAAUAUGUAUGCACAAUAAAACAAGCAAGUACUACGUGUCAAGUAAAUAUGAAAGAAGCGCCAGUUGAAUUUAUUCGUUCACUUGAAGAUUUAACAGUAACAGAAGGACAACCAUUAAAAUUAAGUUGUACAUUAAGUAAAGAUAAUUGUCAAGUUACAUGGUUGAAAGAUGAUGAAGAAAUAAAAAUCAAUGAAGAAGAAGAAAGUCGAUUUGUAGUAACAAAUGAUGGAAGAUUUUAUCGAUUAGAAAUAAAAGAAUCAAAAAUGGCUGAUGCCGGAAUUUAUACUAUUAAAGUUGAAGAUAAACAACAAUCAUGUCAAGUUGUUAUUACUGAAGCUCCAAUUGAUAUAAUUAUUCCAUUAAGUGAUAAAACUUGUGUUGAAGGUACACCGGAAUUUUCUGAAUUUUAUGUUGAAUUAAAUAAACCAAAUAUAAAUCUUGUUUGGAAAUGUGAUGAUGAGCCAAUUGAUUUUAAUAAUCCAAAAUAUUCGACAAUGAAUGAAAAAACAAAAUAUACAUUAAUUAUUCAUAAUAUUGAAUUAUCUGAUGAAAAAACAUAUUCAUGUCAAGUUAGUAGUGGUACAUCAUCACGUGUUAGAUCUUCAGCACAAUUAACUGUUGAUGAAUUACCACCAGAAUUUGUUUUAACAACAACACCAUUACAAGAUCGUGAAUGUUUUGAAGAUGAAAAUGUUGAAUUUGAAUGUGAAUUAAAUAAAUCAAAAUGGAAAAAAACUGGACAAACAAUUAUUUGUAAAUGGUUUCGUAAUGUUGAUCGAGAAUUACGAUCAACAGUUAAAUAUUCUAUUGAACGUUCCGGACCAAUACAAAAAUUAAUUAUUCAUAAUGCACAAUUUGAAGAUGAAGCAGAAUAUCGCUGUGCUAUUAUGGAUAAAUUUGUUAGCGCAAAACUUACUGUUAAAGAAAUUCCUGUAACAUUCACUCAAUUACUCGAAGAUAUUAAAACAAUUGAACGUGAAACAGUUAUAUUUCAAUGUGAAGUAUCUAAAACACAGUCAACACGUACAGAAACUGAAAUACCAAUACAAUGGUAUCGUGAUGGUGUUAAAAUGGUUGGUGGUGGUCGUUUUGAAAUUUCUAAAUCAUCAGGAAAUAAACGACAAACAUUAAAAAUAAUCAAUGCUAGUUUAACUGAUUCGGGUGAAUAUGCAUGUACAGCUGAUACAGAUCAAAUUCGUACAGUUGCUAAUUUAAUUGUUGGUGAUCUUGAAGUUGAAUUUCUUCAAACAUUAGCAGAUCGUACUAUUCUUGAAGAUCAAACAUUAAUACUUGAAUGUACUGUUAAUCGUACAGAUAAACCAAUAACAUGGUUUUUUAAUGAUCAACAAAUUCAUCCAGGAACAAAAUAUGAUAUAAGUCGUGAAAAAAAUAAAUUACGUUUAAUUGUUAAAAAUGUUACAAUUGAUAAUGAAGGACAAUAUACAUGUUGUGUAGCCGAUGUUAAAACACAAUGUCAAAUUAUUGUUGAUGAAGAAAAUGUUCGUUUUACUGAACGUUUAACAGAUGUUGGAUCUAAAGAAGGUGAUGCAGCUAAAUUUCAAUGUUCAGUUUCAAAAUUAAAUUAUACUAAAGCUAAACGUGAUAUUGAUUUUAAAUGGUUACAUAAUGGAAAAUUAAUUGAUGAUGUUCAUGAUAAAGAAAAAUAUUUAAUUGAAUUUGAUAAAACAAAUAAAACAUUAAAAUUAACAGUAAAUGAUAUACGUAAUGAAGAUAUUGGUAUAAUAACAUGUCAAGCUGAUGAUGUAACAACAAUAGGAAAAUUAAUUGUUGAAGAAAUACCAAUUUAUUUUGUUCGUAAACCAGAAGAUCAAAUUCUAACUGAAUUGCCAAAUAUUUGUCUAUUUGAAUGUGAAUUAAAUCGACCAGGUGUACAAGUUAAAUGGUUACAUAAUAAAAAAGAAUUAGAUUAUUUAAAAGAUAAAAUUGAAUUUCAUAAUACAGAUACAAUUUAUCGCUUAAAAUUAUUACAAAUUGAUAUUGAUGAACAAGGCGAAUAUGUAUGUGUUGCACGUGAUAAAAAGGCACAAGCAUUUUUAAAAUUACAAGUACCACCGAAAAUUCAUUCAUUUCAAACAAAUUCAAAAUUAAUUAAACAUGAUCAACCAUUAAUUAUUGAUGUUUUAUACCAUGGAUGGCCUGAACCAACUAUUGAAUGGAAUAAAGUUAAUAAUAAAAUAAAAAAUAAAUUACUUAAACAUGGACAUAUACAAAUGUCAAUUGAUAAUACAAUUCGAAGUGAUUCUGGAUUAUAUGAAAUAACACUUAAAAAUGAGUAUGGACAAGAUCAAAGAAAUGGAACUAUUGAAAUACUUGAUAGACCAAGUAAACCACAGAAUUUAAUUGUUAAAUUAUUGGAUGUUGGUGAAUGUGAAUUAACAUGGGAAGAACCAGAUGAUGAUGGUGGUUCACCAUUAACUGGUUAUUGUAUUGAAAAAUGUGAAGAACGACGUGCUGCAUCAUGGGAUGAAGUUUGUGUAAUGAGUAUUGAAGAAAGAAAAACAAUUGUUAAUAAAUUACUUGAUGGUGCUAAAUAUCGUUUUCGCGCUAGUGCAGAAAAUAAAUAUGGUCGAUCAGAACCAUGUGAAUCUAUUGAACCAAUACUUAUUAAGAGUCCAUUUGAUCGUCCAUCUACACCGGAAGCUCCAACUGUUGAUGAAAUAUUUGCAACAACGUGUCGUAUACAAUGGGCACCACCAUCAAGUGACGGUGGAACACCAUUAACAGGUUAUUUUGUUGAACGUCGUUUACAAGGAGCUGCACGUUGGUCAAAAGUAACAAAAUUAAUUAUUUCAUCAGAUACAACACAAACUAAAGCUGAAGAACUUAUUGAAGGAAGUGAAUAUGAAUUUCGAGUAAUUGCUUGUAAUAAAGUUGGUCAAUCAGAACCAAGUGCUCCAUCAAGAACUAUUGUUGCCAAAAAUCCAUUUGAUAAACCGGGUGCACCUUUUGAUUUAACUAUAAAUGCAAUUGGUAACGAAUGGAUUGAAUUAAGUUGGCAACCACCAAUUAAAGAUGGUGGUUCGCCAAUAACAGGUUAUGUUAUUGAACGACGAAGUGCUUCGAAUUAUAAAUGGCAUGCUCCAACUGAUCCAUUUGAAGGCACAACGAAAAAAUUACAUUCAUUACAUACAGGACAUAAAUAUGAAUUUCGUGUUCGAGCUCAAAAUUUGGCUGGUCUUGGUGAACCAUCGACUCCUACAAAAGAAACUGAAAUACGAGAACCAAUUAUUGGUGAAAAACCAAAAUUUAUUCAAGAACUUGAACCUGUUACAGUCAUUAGUGGACGAUCUGUUACAUUAACUGCUCGUGUUAAAGGUGAUCCAACACCUGAAUUUAAAUGGUUGAAAAAUGAUCAUCCAAUUACACAAGAUAGUCGUAUAAAAUUUGAUGUUACUGGUGAUACAGCCAAAUUAAUAAUUAGUGAAGCUUUACCAACCGAUGCGGGUACUUAUGAAUUAAUAGCUGAAAAUGCUCUUGGUUCAAUUGAUUGUACCGCUAAAAUGAUUGUACAUUCACCACCAACUAUAGUUAAUUCAACUCCAUCACCAAUCAAUAUUCCUAUAGGUCAAGUUUUAUAUAUAUCAUGUGAAGUCACUGGAUAUCCACGACCAGAAAUGAUCUGGGAACCAGCUAAUGAUCGAGCACGUACUGAACAAUCAGAUACAUUUGUUACUUUAUCUAUAUCAAAAGUUCGCAUAAAUGAAAGUGGAUUUUAUAAAUUAAUAUUGAAAAAUGUUGCUGGUACAGCUGAAACAUCAUUUGAUGUUCGUGUACAAAAUGUUCCACAACCAGUAAGAAAUCUCAAAAUUGAUAAUAUAACUGCCGAAUCAGUUCAUAUUAAAUGGGAAGCACCAUUAGAUGAUGGUGGUUCACCAAUAAAUUCAUAUUUUGUUGAAUAUCGUGAUAUGCGUCGUUCACAAUAUGUUCGUUCUGAACGUCUUUCAAGUGAAACAUUUAAUUAUGAACUAAAUCGUUUAACAAAAGGUUCAAAAUAUACUGUAAGAGUAUUAGCAGAAAAUAAAUUAGGUCAAUCGGAACCAACUGAAAUAAUUGAACCAUUUAUUGCAAAAAAUCCAUUUGAUGUACCAAGUGCACCAAGAGAACUUAAAGUUACUGGUGUAACAAGAUCAAAUUGUCAAUUACAAUGGUUACCACCAAAUAAUGAUGGUGGAGCACCCAUUCAAGGUUAUAUUGUUGAAAGACAAACAGAAAAACGUUGGAUAAGAGCUAUACCAACAUUAGUACAAGGAACAACUGUACAGUUAGUUGAUUUAAUUGAAGGAUCUAUUUAUGAUUUUCGAGUAGCUGCUGUAAAUGAAGAAGGUCAAGGUGCAUAUAGUCGUCCAAGUGAAUCUGUUACAAUUAAAGAUCCAUAUGAUGUUCCAACACAACCAGGACCCAUUGAUAUAAAUGAAUUAACAGAUACAUCAUGUAUACUUUCAUGGAAACCACCUAUUCGUGAUAAUGGCAGUGCAAUUAUUGAAUAUAUAAUUGAACAACGUUUUAAAACUGAUCCAUCAUUUAUACGUAUAGACACUAUAACACCUAUAACUGAAUGUUUUCAUAAAAUUGAAGAUUUAUUAACCAAUGGUGAAUAUGAAUUUCGUGUUGCUGCACGUAAUCAAGCUGGUUUAAGUGCAUAUUCACAAACAGAACGGCCUAUUGUUAUUCGAGCGCCACGACAAGGUAUUGCACCACGUAUUGAAAAAAUCUCUAAUCAAACAAUUAAUGGUGGUAGUCAAGGUCGUAUUGAAGCAACAAUUAUUGGUUCACCUGAACCUGAAAUAAUCUGGUAUAAAGGUGGUCGAAAAUUACCAUUAACAACAGGACGAUAUACUUCAUCACUUGCACAAAAUAUUCUUGUACUUUAUAUAAAAGAAGUACAAGAAAAUGAUGGUGGACAAUAUACAUUAGAAGUUCAAAAUGAAUUUGGUAAUGAUAGUAAACAAAUUCAAGUAACUGUUUUAGCAACACCAAAAAUUGAAUUUGAUUCAAAAUAUCGUAAACAAAUUAUUGUUGAUGUUAAUUCAUCUAUACGUAUUCCAUUUACAUUUACUGGUUCACCUAAACCUGAAUUAACAAUAAAUCGUGUUGAUGAAUCUAAAGAAAAUCAUGCAAUACUUGAUCUAUUUGAAAAUAGCGGAACAUUUCUUUUGCGUCAAACAACACGUCAAGAUACUGGUGUGUAUCGUUUACAAGCAACAAAUGAAUGUGGUACAGCAACAUCACGUCUUGAUAUUCUUGUACAAACAGUUCCAUCACCACCCGGUGGACCAUUACAAGUAACUGCUAGUGGUAAAGAUUAUGUUAGUCUCGCUUGGCAUACAUGUCCUGAUGAUGGUGGAAGUGAAUUAAUAUCAUAUAUUAUUGAAAAACGUGAAGAAAAUAAAUCAAUAUGGACAAAAGUUGCAACAAUUCGUCCAACAAAUACAACAUAUACAUGUACUGGUUUACUUGAUCAAACAAGUUAUUUUUUUAGAAUAUUAGCUGAAAAUGAAAUAGGUAUAAGUGAACCAUUAGAAUUAGAACAUAGUGUUAUCGCUAAAUUACCAUAUGAACGUCCUGGUCCACCAAUAGGUCCAAUUAAAAUUGAUUCAAUUAUUCAAACAGGUUGUACAUUAACAUGGUUACCAGCAACAGAUGAUGGUGGUGCAAAAAUUACAGGUUAUAUUAUUGAAGGUAAAGAUGUUAAUCGACAAGCAUGGACACAAUUAGAAAGUGUACCUGCUAGUGAAACUACAGUCGAUAUAAGACAAUUAAAAGAAGAUGCAACAUAUAUAUUUCGUAUAAUGUCAAAAAAUAUUGUUGGUCUUUCACAAUCACUUGACAGUGAAUCUGUUACAUUAAAACGACCAAAUACAGUUCCACAUGCACCUGUACCAUUUUUUGUCAGUGAUAUUGAUAUUGAUAAUUGUACAUUAGAAUGGGAAAUACCAAAAUUUACUGGUGGAGAAAAUAUAGAACUCAAAAAUUUUAUUAUUGAACAACGUAUUGGUGAUAAAGAAACAGUACCAUGGAAAACUGUUGCUGAACCUGAAGCAUUUCUUACAAAUACUGUUAUUCGGCAUUUAAAAGAAGAAAAAGAAUAUUAUUUUCGUAUCAAAGCUGUUAAUGAAAUAGGACAAUCAAAGCCCACAGAAUUAACUCGACCAGUUAUUCCACGUCAAAAGAGCAUUGCUCCAUCGGCACCUAUUGGCCCUAUCAGUACAUUAAUGGUAACACGAGAUUCUAUUACCAUUAGUUGGGGACCAUGUAAAGAUGAUGGUGGAAAUGAACUUAUUGGUUAUGUUAUUGAAAAACGUGAUGCUUCAAGAAAUGUUUGGCAACGUAUUGGAUAUAAUGAUCCAAGUACAUUUACAUAUACAGCAACAGGUUUAACUGAAGAUGCUGCAUAUCAUUUUCGUGUAUUUGCGGAGAAUUCUAUUGGAAUGUCACCAGCAUUAACAACUGUUGAUCCAAUUAUUGCUAAAAGUCCAUAUACACGUCCAGAUAAACCAGAAGGACCAUUAUUAACAAAAAUUGUUUCACCCACUUCUAUUGAAUGUUCAUGGCAACCACCAUUAAAUGAUGGUGGUACAACAUUAACAGGUUAUCUUAUUCAAAGACGUGAAAUAUCAAGACCAAUUUGGGUUAAAGCUGGAUAUGUCAGUGGUGAUAUAAAUCGAUUCGUAAUAAAAGAUUUACCAGAUGAAGGUUCUUAUUUAAUACAAAUAUUUGCGGAAAAUUCUGAAGGUCAAUCAUUAGAACCAUUAUUAUUAGAACAACCAGUUAAAUUAACACGUAAAAUUGAUGUACCUGAACCACCAGCUAAACUUGAUGUUAUAGCUAAAACAGAUUCAUCAAUAACAUUACAAUGGGAAAUGCCACGUAAUGAUGGUGGUAGUCCAUUAACAGAAUAUUUAUUAGAAAUGCGUGAUAAGAAAAAUAAAAAUAAUGAAUGGGCACAAGUACAAAUUUUACCAGUAAUAACAACAAGUUUUCGAGUUUCAAAAUUAGAUGAAAAUGUCUAUUAUAAUUUUCGUAUAAAAGCAGCAAAUGCUAUUGGAUAUAGUGAACCAAAAUCACUUGAAAAAGCUGUUAAACCACAAAAACAAAGUGAACCACCAUCUAUGCCUGAUAAACCAUUGCAAACAUCAAAUAUAGAUUCAACAUCAAUAUCUAUAUCAUGGAAACCGUCAUCAUCAAGUGGUUCAAGUGAUAUAACAUCUUAUAUUAUUGAACGUCGUGAUGCUCUUAAAGCAAAUUGGAUUCCAGUUAAAAAAGUUUCAUCAAGUCAAUAUAAUCUUAUUAUAACAGAAUUAACUGAAGGUUCAAGUUAUUAUUUUCGUGUUUGUGCAUUAAAUGAAGAUGAUCUUCAAAGUGAAUGGCUUGAAUUAGAUAUGCCUGCGUUAUGUCGAAAUCCAUAUGAUGUUCCAUCACCACCAAAAAAUCUUACUGUUAAAGAUAUUAUUGGACAAACAGUACGUAUACAAUGGGAUCCACCUGAAAAUGACGGUGGUAAACCAAUACGUGCUUAUAUUAUUGAAAGACGUGAUGUACAAAGAACAACAUGGUUAAAAGAAGGACGUUGUAAAGCAACAACAUACGAAAUUGAAAAUUUACCAUUAGGUGGUCAACAUUUAAUACGUAUAACGGCUGAAAAUGAAGAAGGACUAUCAGCACCAUGUGAAAUUGAUAAACCAUUACAAAUUGAUGCUAAAGAUAUUUCAUUACCUAAACCACGUGAUGUUGAAAUUGGAAAAGUUAAAGGUCAAUCAAUAACUUUAACAUGGUUACCAGCUGCGGGAUCAUUACAAGAUAAAACUGAUUCGAUAUCAUCUUAUAUGAUUGAAGUAUGGGAUUCUGAAGAUCGUUCAUGGCAUGAAUUAGAAAAAGUUGAUGCAUCAGAGACAACAUAUACACGAACAGAUUUGAAAACAGAUUUAUCUUAUCAAUUUCGUCUACGUACAUUAACACGUAAUGGUCGACGUUCAUCACCAACACGUGAAACACAAGUUCUAUCACUUAAACGUACAAUUGAACCACCAGAUAUGCCAGAAGCAUUAACAGUAACAGAUAUAACAGAUGAUUCAUUAACACUUAAUUGGCGUGAAGGCUCAUCAAAAACUAAGCGUUAUAUUAUUGAAAAACGUGAAGCAUCAAAAAAGAUUUGGGUACAAGUUGGUGAAACAAAAGAAACAACUAUACAUGUUGAACAUCUUAUGCGUAAUGUUCAAUAUGAAUUACGUGUUUUUGCUGAAAAUGCUUCAGGUGAUCGUUCAACAGUAGCAGCAACAUUAUUAGUUCAUUUUAAAGGACGACAAGUACCACCUGGUUUAUGUGAACAAUUAAAAGUUAAACAACAUAGUGCAACAGCAUGCAUACUAACAUGGUUACCACCUAUUGAUACAGGUAAUUCAUCAAUUCGAAAUUAUAUUGUGGAAAAACAACAAGUUGGUCGUUUAACAUGGCAAAAUGUUAAUGAUUCAUUACAAGCAUCUACAUGUCUUGUCAAUGAUUUAACACCAGAUGUACAAUAUAAAAUGCGUGUAGCUGCUACUAAUGAAUUUGGUCAAGGAGAAUUUGUUGAAACUGAACCAAUAGAAAUUAAAGAAGAAAAUAUUCCACCAUCAAAACCUGUUAAUUUAACUGUAACAGAUACAACUUAUACAUCUAUUGAUGUUAGUUGGUUAUGCCCACGUGAAUUUGGUUCUAAACCAAUAAAACAUUAUUUACUUUAUCAACGUUCAUCAAAAUCAGGUUCUGAAUGGAAAUUAGUUCAUCGUGUAAACCGAACACAAUUAUCAUAUACAUUUGAUAAUCUUGAUUCAUCAUUAUCAUAUUAUUUACGUGUUACAGCUGAAUCUGAUGCUGGUGAAUCUGAACCAUGUGAAUUACCAACAACUAUAUCACCUAAAAAGAAACCUAAACCACCAUCAACACUUGAUCAUGUUUUUGUACGUACAAUUGAUGAUGGUAUUAUUAGUCUUCAAUGGAGUGGUUUAGAUACAGAUAGUGAUAAUCAAUCAGAACAAAAUAUUAAUUUACUUGGUUAUAUUAUUGAAAUGAAUGAUGGUAGAGAUUGGGUUGAAGUUGAACGAACAGAUAGUUCUACACGUACAUGUUCAAUAACACAUUUACGACAAGAUACUGAUUAUAAUUUUCGUGUAUCAGCUUAUAAUCGUAUAGGACAAGGUCGCUCAAAAGAAAUUGAUACACCUGCUAAAGCUAAAUCACCAUUUUCUAAACCAGGUCAACCGUUAGGUCCAUUAAGUAUAACAAAUGUAACACGAUCAACUGUCGAUUUAAAUUGGUCACCAUCAUCAACUAUAAAUGAUAUAUCAAUAACAAAUUAUUUUGUUGAAAAAUUUCGUGACGGUAUUUGGAUAAAAGUUGCACGUUUACCACCAACAUCAACAUCAUUAAAAGUAUUUAAUCUAAUUGAGAAUAAAGAAACAUUAUUUCGUGUAUCAGCUGAAAAUCGUUUUGGUAUUAGUGAACCAUUACAAUCAAUGCAAGUUAAACCAAAUCGAUCACUUGAAACAAAACCACUAACAGAUCGUGAUUCAACAGCAGCUAGUUAUUUUGAAAAAACUUUAAAUCAUAAUGACUUUAAUUUUCUUCUAUAUCAUGAUAGCCCACCAUCAACAACAUUUGAUACACUAAAAUUUGGUGAUGAUGUUGAAGAAUAUAUUAAAAGUGUUUGGUAA